AUGGCCAUGGAUGUUGAGGCAGUAGCUAGGGAAAAUGGUGGCCACAUUUUCAUGGCCAAGGAGGUUUCACGACCACCUUCACGAGCCGUGGAGUGGACCAAGAAUCAUGGUCCCCCUUGUGAAGGUGGAUCGCAAGGAAGUGUUGCUUCAAGUGUAGCUGAGGUUGAAACCCAACAACCACCUACUCAAGUUCUCGAUGUGAAAUCAUCUUUCGUUGAACAAAAAUCACCUGUAUAUUCAGGAAAUUAUAUUGCUAAAGGAAAGAUAAAAAACUUCAUGCUCAACCAUAUGACUUUUGUUUCCACAAGAGGUAAAGGACCAAAUGGAAAGAAGACUGAAGGACUGUUAUACCCAUGUAACAAGAAAGAUGAAGUGGAGAUAGUUUGUCUUUGUCAUGGUGAUCUUCUAAAUGCAGUUGAAUUUGUCAAACACACUGGUGGAGGUUAUGUAGAACACCCUUUAAACCAUAUAUUUAUUGAUGGAGAAUAG